AUGGACCGCUACCAAAGAAUGGUUCGGCGAGUGAAGGGUCUCAACUCGGAGUUGGCUCUUCAGUAUGUCUUACCCGCGCUCAAGCCGGGACCAUUCAAGGAAAGCGAGGCAAAGGAAAAAUCGGAGGGCAGGAGCCAGGGAGGACAGUCUGGAAAAACCGGGGGGUUCAGACCAAAGGAGCCCCCCACGGGUCCACGUUUCCAACAGUACACCCCACUGAACGCCUCCCGAGCGAAGAUAUUACAAGAAGCCUUGAGCACUGAGCUCAUACAGGCGCCCAAGAGCCGCCCUACCCCGCCCGACGCUGAUGGGAACAAGCACUGCCUGUGGCAUCAGAACUUGGGUCACACCAUAGAGGAGUGUGUGACUCUCAAGGACGGGAUUGAGGAGUUGAUCCAGGUUGGGCAGUUGAAGAGGUAUGUCAAGACCGAACGUCCUGAACGCCACGUUGGCUCGUCGGCACGAUCACGUAGUCCUCGCAGGCGUCCGCCGAGGCAGGGCGGCAGGGGACGAUCAAGAAACUAUGGAAAUAAUCGUUCUUGUCAAGUGAAGCGCCGAAGCAGAAGUAGAAGCAGGAACAACGACCGAUCGCUACGCGGUCACAUUAACACCAUUUUCGGAGGGUUUCCCGGGGGAGGAUCAUCCUCAUCGACGCGGAAACAUCACGUCAGGGCCCUUCGCUCGGUCAAUUCGGUGCAGAGGGCAAGGAGAUCCAUGCCAGAAAUCACAUUCACGAAUGACGACUUCCAUGCUCCAGACCGGGAGCAGGACGACCCCAUGGUGAUCACGGCGGAGAUCACUCGGUACUGGGUGAGUAAGGUGUUGAUUGACCAGGGAAGCUCCGCCAACAUAUUGUAUUGGAAGACCUUCCAGCGCAUGGACCUGCCGGAGAACUUGAUUGUGCCCUACAACGAACAAAUAGUGGGAUUCGCGGGAGAGCGAGUGGACACGCACAAUUAUGUUGAUCUCCACACUCGUUUAGGCACCGGGCGGGAAGGCGACAAGAAGAAGGUUCGGUAUCUGUUGGUAAAUGCCAACACGUCUUACAAUGUCCUCCUAGACCCACCAUGUCUAAACGUGUUUGGAGUGAUAUUGUCCACCCCCCAUCUAACCAUGAAGUACCCAUCAGAGAGGGGAAACAUCUGCACUGUGAGGGCUGACCAGAAGACGGCCCGAGAAUGCUACAGAUGA